AUGGCUUCCAUCCGGAGAACUGACAUCAUGCAGAAGAAAUAUUCGAAAGGCCGCCCUGCAAAAUCGGAACGAGAUAAAAUAUACAAACGUCAGGAAGUCUACAAAUGGAGAGAUCUGAGACGUGUGUAUCUGGCAAGCUCAUUCGAUCGCUGGAGAAAACUACGGUCGUCUUUGAAACUGAAAGACUCCAGCCUGGCAUGGCAUUUGAUGGAAGCUCACGAAAAGGGCUACUGCACUUUUUGCCGACAUUGUCACCACCAGUCAACGAAGGAGAGAGGAAAACGGAGAAGAAAAUUUGACCGGAAAGAUUUUCUGCCAACCCUCAUCGCGACAGUCAGACAGCUUUGUUAUACACAUUUUGAUUUUAAUGAGUGUAUUGAAAUCGUAGGUCUUUUAUGUCUUGAGUUUGACAAAGCACACAAGGAGAACUUUAGCAUUAAUGAAUGUGUUCAGUCGAGUGGCUAUCAUGUUUCUGAUUCUAGUGCUGAGCUGCUAAAUUGCUCACUAGAGGACACAGAUGCAAAGUCUAGUCUAGUAAUUUCACCUGCUGAUUAUCAAGACAUUCAUGAACUGAAUGUAUCUGCACAUAAGACUUCAUCACUUGUAGCUUCCACCCCUUGUUCAGCUGUUCCCACAGACACUACUACACUUUCAGCGAAUAUAAAUCUUUCACAGACAGAGAAUUUGCAGUUGCAGACUUCAUUUGAGGAUUUGGAUACCUUGUGUGCCACAUCAGAUAAACCAUUUGUGCCACAGGAGAAUGUAACAAAUGAUGAACACCCAUCUGAUGAACAUCGAUUACCUUGUACACUUUUGAGAAAUGCUAUCAAUACAGAUAGUACAUGUAUGCAAGCAUCCCCUCGUCAAAUUGAGCAUAUGGAAAGCACUGCAGUGACUUUCCAACUGAAGCCUAGUGAAGAGAAACUUGUGGACUCCAGUAUGUGCUCAGAAUCUGAGCCUUCACUGGAGAUCGAUAUAGAAAAUAUGGACACUUCUCAAGAAGAAGACAACACUAAUAAGAAUUCUCAGAAGGAAUUGCUGCCUGACCCUAAACUCAAGCUGCAUACUUGCUGUGGUGAUUCAUCUUUGCCAUUCGUUGGUAAUGAUUUGAAAAGCCAGCAAACUACAGAGAACAUCACAUUACACAGCAGUGGAGUAAGCAAGGUGCCAUCUUCAGAAUUCACCUGUGAAGUUGCAGAGAAGGAUCCUCCAGUAAGCUGUCCUGUGAAGCCUGACAGCAUGGAUUUACCUCUGGAUAUGUCUGUGCUAAAACCUAUUGUCAAGAAGGAGCCAGGUUAUGGUCUGUCAUCUAACAGAAUGUAUCAUAAACAAGCCGUCAUAGAUAAAAAGUCUAUUGAAGAUAAUAUUGAUCACAACUUAAUAUCGGAGACCACUAGUAUGUCACCUCAGAGUUCAAGACGAAGCCCAUUUUGGCUGGAAGGUUUGCAUACUUUACCUGGGAAGGUGAAAGAAGAGGGCCAUGUAAGCAUACCCUGGCAGCGAAGAGAUAUGUCCCGCAAGGAAGAAUAUGAGUUUUUGGAGAUGAAUCCCUUCUCUGAUCUGGCAGACUUUAGUCAACGCUACCCUCACGUCCACCAGCGUACAUACUACCGCUGGAAGCGACGUAUCAAAGAAGAGUACAUCAUUCUGGAACAGUGUCCUAGCAUGUCAUUUCAAGAUUUUAGCAGUGUUGUCCUGCAAGCCAAGGAGUCUGUCUUUCUUCACUGGAAGUCACUCAUUGCUCAAGGAAAGGGGUUUUUUGCACCAUCAGAUACCAAGCGUUUGGAAUCGAAACCUUGUGUGAAGCCAAGCUCACAACAUAAUAGUGCUUUUGCAUUUAUGCAGAAGAAUCUUACGUGUACAUACGAACAGUUUUGUCAGCAGUAUCCAGGGACACCAGCUGAUGUGUAUAAUGUGUUGAAAAGAAAAGCAAUGCAAGAGUUCUGGUUAUUUCAUCAGAAUAAGCAUCUGAGUUAUAAGGAAUUUUCAAAAAUAGUUAGUGUAACUGAAGAUGUUUUUAAUACAUGGAAAGAGUAUAUUGAAGGUUUUAGGUCAAAUACUGUAUCCUCUAAUUUGAAGACAGUCUCAAAUAAUUUGGCACAAAACCAGUCACUGCCAGUCCCUUCCAUUUAUUCUUUAGAUAGUUCACACUCAUUAACACCGGAUUUACAGUCAUCCACAGAAGGAGGCUAUAGAAUAAAGGAUGGCUGUACGAUAAAUGAGUCAAAAGCAGCUGCCCAUUCUGGUUCCUUAAAUUCGGCACUGAGUGAUUCUGUUGUCAGAAGCCUGUCGACGAGUUACUUGGCCUCCCUACAGAACAUGAUGUUUCCUUGGCACAGCUAUUAUGGGAUGACGUCACCUUUAGGUCAGCAGAUGCUUCCAAUGAUGCUGUGGCCAGGGAUGAUGGGACUAGCUGGGGGCUUAACAAACUCUAUAGGUUUAAUGUCGGGCUUGCAUGCUAAUGGGCUUUCAGAACCUAGUUCUGGCACUGAAUUGCGUAGUUCAAUGUUGGAAAGCACUGAAUCCAUCAAAUCUGAUGAAUCUCAGAGCAGUCAAUCUGAUGAAUAUACUCAUAGCAGUAACAUUUUCAGAAGCAGUGAGAAUCAAGAGCAGGCUAAAAACUUGGAUUCCUCUGAUUCAGAGAAAAGGUUGAAAUUAUCAAGUGACAGAGAUGAUAUGGAUGUCUCAGGAUCUGCCAGCAGAUCCAGAAAACAAAAUAAACAGGAAUAUAUAUAUUAUUUGAAAAAUCCAGAGUUAUGUUUCAAAGAGUUAGAGUCGCUGUUUCCAUCAAUUUCACUGCGGACAUUUUACAGAUGGCGUAAGGAAAUGAAUGCGGCCGUCCUACUGUUGGAGGAUAACAAGGACCUCCCUUUCUGCCAGUUUCAGAUGAUUUUCCCAGAUAUUCCUGAAGAUAUAUUUGAGCUGUGGAAAGAAAGGGUUGGCAGAGGCUUGUCACCCACUUCAGAAAAACAUAUCCAACAGUCUUUAGAGUCUGGGGAGAUAUAUCACCCAAACCAGAGCACUUCUGUUUCAGGUAGGAAUUCAGCUGAGCUGUCAAAAUUAAUGGAAAGCAGAACAGCGGAGGUGAUAAAUAGUAAUUUCAGUCAUAAUUCUAUCACAAAUUAUGUUCAUUUUGGUGGAAAAGAAUCUGGAGCACGUCUUUUUAAAAAAGUUAAGGAGGGUUACCAUUAUGUUCAGAAAAAUCCUGAUGUUGAUAUUGCUUCAUUUACUAAAUUAUAUCCUGAUACAUCGGUGAGAAGUUUCUAUAGAUGGAAGAAAGAACUAAAAAACACCUUUGCUUUCUUGAGAGCUAAUCCAGCAAUGACUUAUGCAGAAUACAAGUUGGUGGAUUCUACAGUCACUGAGGAAGUAUUCAGAGUAUGGAAGGCAUUAGCACUUGACAAUAAUGUUAUUAAAGAGGAAAUACUAGAGGACCAUACAUCAGCUGGGGUCAGUGAAACAGGCAUAUCAAACCACAGCAGUAAAUUUAUUAGUCCUGAAUAUUGGUUUCUGCAACUGAAUCCUUACAUUGAGUAUUCCCAAUUUUGCUGCACCUAUCCUGAUGUUGCUGAGCAUACCUUUUAUCGUUGGAAGCAAGAAAUUUAUCAAAUCAUGAAUUACAUUCGAGCUGAGCCAGUAGUUGAGCUGGCUGACAUUGCUGCUAUGCUGCCACAAGUAUCUGAAGAUGCAUUUUCUAGGUGGAAGCAAAUUAUUGCUAUGGAAAAAGAGAACUCAGUUGAUCAUAAAAGGGCAGUCACAAAGGAAGUUGAAGAGUCGGCAGAGGAAUCAGAAGUUAAACAAGAAUCCAACAGCCAAAUAUCUGAGGCCAUGUUAUACCUCAUGCACAACCCUACAGUGGACUAUGACCACCUGAGAGUCAAGUUUGAUUGUGUGACCAUUAUGGCUUUUGACCAAUGGCUUAAUAGAAUUAAAAGUAUAAUCAUGUUUAUUGUGUCUAAGCCAAGCAUUAACUACACAGCAUUUAGCACUAACUUUAAUGAUAUUACAGAGGACAUCUUCAAAAAAUGGAAGAACUUGAGCUCAGCUGAAAUAGCUGCCUUAAAUAUUGACAAGGAGCAUAAUUCUACAGAUGAUAGGGAACUUAGAAGUAUUUCAGAUAAUCAAGGUGCUCUUUCACUUGAAGCAUUUGAAUUUUGUCAGAAAAACUCUAGGGUCACGUUUUCAGCUUUCCAGACUUUGUAUCCAACUGUGUCAGAAAAAGUGUUUCAUGGCUGGAAAACCAGAAUACAGGAGGAAAUACAAUACAUCCAAGAAAAUCUCCACUUGACAUUUGAUGACUAUGCCAAGGUUUAUACCAACACAAGCAAAGAAAUUUUUGAUCAGUGGAAGUCUGAAAUGAUUCAGAAUUACCUCCGAAAGCCAUCAGGGAAAGUUGAUCAAGCAGGUGAUGGACCACUAGAAACCUCAGAUGAGGAAAACUUUGAGGAGGACAUGUCAAGGGAUGAACCCAGCAAUCCUGAGACAGUGGACCAGAAUGUUGAAGAUGAGAUAUUUAGGAAGUCUGGUAAUGGGGAGACUCUCAUGGACCAGGAAGUCUACUCACUUUGUGUCGGGGAAAGUCUGGAAAAUGAGCCAAAAGAAUCAUCACUGAGUAAGCUCGCCAAAUUUGCUGAUUCUGGUGCUGCUGCUCACCCCAGAAAAGACGCCACAGCAAAACUAUUAACAUCAUUUGAACAUUUGUUGGGAAACAACAACAAUACAUCUGUGAAACUAGAACCUGUGUCAUUACCAUCUGGUGAUGAUGAUUGUCUCAGUUCUGCAGAGGCGUCCCUUCCUGCCCACCAGCUGCAUUCUGAACACAAUCCUUUGUCUGGAAAAGAAAUGGGCAAUGUUUAUGCAUCUGGUCCGCUAUCCUCUGCAUUGCACACUUCAUCUUUGUCUGCACUGAUGGCCAUGACCAGAAGUGAUGAUACACACCACAGUGGAAGUAGUCCAGCAUCAGCUCAGAAGGAGCCUGGGGGACACAGUGCCCAGUUUGUUUGCUCUGGAAACCUAAAUUGGCAAGAAACUCCUAAUGGAUCUAAUAGCUUCAGCAGUGCUGGGGUUAGCAAAGAAGACGAUGAAGCCUUUUCCUCUCAGCGCCAAAAGAAAAUGAGCCGUGCUGAGUACUUGUUUGUAAAAGAUAACCCUGAUGUUGAUUCACAAGAGUUCUCUCGAAUAUUUCCUGGAGUAUCAGCUCGCACAUUUUACAGAUGGAAAAAGGAAAUCAAAACACAACUUCAUCUAGCAUAG